UUUUACUCUCAGGUCAGGUCCUGCUGCUUUGUCUCCCCUCCUCCCUCUCUCUCUCUCUCUCUCUCUCUCUCUGAGCUCUCUCCAAUCAAAGGGCGUUCAUUGGCCUACGCAUUCCGACAGGCGUCCCUCUCCUCGCCGUCGAAGCCGUGGCAAUGCAGCAAACCAGAACAGUCGAAGUGAGGAACUUGUCAGAUCUAGCCACCGAGAGGGAGAUUCACGAGUUCUUCUCCUUCUCCGGCGACAUCGAGCGCAUUGAGAUCCGACGGGAAAGCGGACAGUCGAGCACUGCUUAUGUGACGUUCAAAGAUCCAAAGGCACUGGAAAUUGCACUCUUAUUAUCGGGAGCAACUCUAGUAGAUCGGAUUGUGAAUAUAAGUGCGAUUGAGAAUUACGUACCACAACGUGACAUGCAGGAAGUGAGGAUGGUGGACAAUGCGGUGUCUGUUGCCCCUACUGAAUUUGCUGCCUCCGAUGUUGAGGCAAAAGGUGGUUCACCUGGCAAUGGUAGAGUUUACGUCAAUAGAGCACAGGAUGUUGUCAGCAGUGUAUUCGCAAAAGGUAGCGCCAUCGGACAGGAUGCAGUGAACAAAGCUAAAGCAUUUGAUGAGAAGCAUCGAUUGACAGCUACAGCAUCAGCCAAAGUUAUCUCCUUUGAUAAGAGGGUUGGACUCACUGAAAAAUUGACUGUUGGAAUCUCAGUUGUCAACGAGAAAGUGAAAUCUGUUGAUCAGAGACUUCAGGUCUCUGAUAAGACAAUGGCGGCCAUAUUUGCUGCUGAGAGGAAGAUAAAUGACACAGGGUCAGCUGUGAAAACUAGCAGGUACGUGACUGCCGGAGCAGCUUGGUUAAAUGGUGCUUUCACUAAAGUCUCUAAAGCUGGUCAAGUUGCAAGGACAAAAACCAGGGAGAAGUUGCAUUUGGCUGUUUCGAACUUGACUGCAAAGGAUCCUGGUGUCGUUGCAUAAAUGCGAAUCAACUUGGCAUAAAUUUGCUUCUAUGUAUCUCUGGCAUGAACAUUUUGUUCAAGCUGGGGAUGAUAUAGUUGGAUUGGCAGAGCUUGUGCUUGGGUAUUAAGGAUGAAGGUCCUUAUUUCCUCUUUUCUUUGAUUGUGAGUGAGUCAACUAUAUCUUGCAGUUUUUGUAUUCUUUCAAAUAUGGUGUCUCAUGCUUGUGAAUUUUGUAAUCUUUAAGAGUUUAAUGAAAAUCUUGUCAUCAAUCAA